GGCCGAGUGAGCGGCUCGCCGCGGCAGCUUCCCCCCGCGCUGUAGCUGAGCGGCUGCUGCUGCUGUUGUUGUUGCUGUUGUGUAACAUGGCGACUUGGGCUAGGCCCUCGUUGCUGUGGGUGAACAACCGAGCGAGCGCUGGAGGCGACUAAGAUCGCGUCCAUGCCCGACUCCGCUAUGUGCGAGAGAGAAAGAGCGAGAGAGCUCUCGUGUCCACAGCGGAGACUGCACGUGGCUGUGUCACCGUGAAUGAACUGUGGGGAAGAUGAGUCCCCCGGGGUGACGCUGGAGACGAUCGGCACAGUCACCAUGUGUCAGGACGAGGAGGGGAAUCUGGUGCUCAGCUGCAAUGACGAGCUGCAGGUCAGGGAGGGCUCGGAGCCAUCCACCAAACGAAUCUGCCUCGUGGCAGAGCCCAACCCAGCGAUCGGAACCUCGCCCGCCGCUACAGGAGACACGGGCAACUUUGUGGUGGCGGCGCCCCCCAGGUCCGACGUGGGAGCGAGCAGCGCGGCCCACUCGCCCACAGGGAACGCGAGCGUGGGCAGCCUCUCUGACAUCGACGGCCUAAGGAUUGAGCCAACCGGGGCUGACCCUGUGAGCCAGACCUGGUUCACAACCAAGGAGGACAAGGACUCGCUCUACAUCAAAGGUCACAAGUGGAAGCAGGGCAUGUGGUCAAAAGAAGAGACCGAUCUCCUAAUCAUUAACAUUGAGAGCUACCUGAAGGCCAACAGCAUCGGCAACGCGGCGGAGGUCAUAUUCGAGAUGCCCAAGGACGAGCGCAAGGACUUCUACCGCACGAUUGCGCGAGGGCUCAACCGCCCGCUGUUCGCCGUGUACCGCCGCGUGCUGCGCAUGUACGACAACCGCAACCACGUGGGAAAAUACACAACAGAGGAAAUUGAACAACUGAAAGAGCUUCGGGCCAAGCAUAGGAAUGACUGGGCGGCCAUUGGCUCAGCUCUGGGCCGGAGUGCGUCUUCCGUCAAAGAUCGCUGCCGGCUCAUGAAGGACACCUGCAACACAGGGAAGUGGACGGUGGAGGAGGAGCAGCGUCUGGCGGACGUGGUGCACGAGCUGACGGGCACGACGCCCGGGGAGGCGGUGACGCAGGGCGUCUGCUGGGCCGACGUGGCGGAGCGCGUGGGCACUCGCUCCGAGAAGCAGUGCCGCUCCAAGUGGCUCAACUACCUCAACUGGAAGCAGAGUGGCGGGCGCGAGUGGACCAAGGACGACGACAUCGAGCUCAUCCUGCGCAUCGUGGAGCUGAAGCCGCGAGAGGAGAGCGAGAUCAACUGGGAGAAGCUGUGCAACGGCUGGAACAGCGUGCGCUCGCCCCAGUGGCUGCGCAGCAAGUGGUGGACGGUCAAGCGGCAGGUGACGACUCACAAGGAGGUGCCCUUCCUCGACCUCCUCGACUACCUGAGCCAGACGCACAUUCCCGUGCUACGGCAGGUGGUGCAGCGCGUCCACCCCACGGGCGGCCCGGGGGCCCCCGCGGCCCUCACGGGGGCCCCCGGGGUCCCCGCGCCGCUGGCCACUGCCCCCAUCUGCCUGCGCCUGCCCCGCGGAGAGGGCAGCGCCAUGCUGCCCCAGACCACCAUCGCCACGCUGCAGAUCCCCGUGCAGAUCACGCAGACGGGUGAUUCUGGCGAUGGAGAAACUGUUACAAUUAACGCAGCCGCUCUGCAGACGUUUGAAAUCUUACCGUCGUUCCACCUGCAGGCGACGGGCGCCCUGUGCACGUUCCUGCUGCAGGCGGGCUCCGCCCCGGGCCUUCCCGUCACGCUGAGCGGCGGGGGCCCGGCGGUGACGCUCGUCCCCACCGGCGGCCCCCCUGCCCCCGUGGUGUCGCCGUCGCCAUCUUCCACUGCCGCCGGCAUCCCCGAGGGGCAGGUCGUGAUGCACGCCGUGCAGCUGCGGGACGGCGAUCGCCAGCUCCAGUUGCAGGAUGGUCGCAGCUCCGCUGUCGAGAUGCCGCACGGCUCUCGCGUCAUCAUCCACGCGAUGUCACCCGACAGCGUCCAUGCCGACGUCCGCACCAUCUACCCAACGGCUCCCGGCGACACAGACCUCGUGUCGCACCCCCUCGCGUCGCCUCCCACCGGCAUCAUCGCCGCCGUCACCGAUGAAGUCGAUGUCAUCUCCCCGAGGCACCUGUCGUCCCCUGACAACCGCGAGCUCCCGCUCUUGGUGGAGGAAGCCCUCGACACGGGCAGCGACGACGGAGAGAAGGAGGCGGUGGAGACGGCGAUGGAGGCGGUGGGGGCGGGGCGCGUGGCCGGCCUGCACGACGACGAGGAUGAACGCGCGACGCUCAUCGCAGACGCUGCUGAGUUCGUCAGUCAGGAGCUGAGCUGCCCAGAUGGGGACCCGGUGCACGACGGCUCCAUGGAGACGGCCAUGAUGGCAGUGAUAGCGGGAGGGUCGCCACCCUUCCCUCCUGCCGGGGACGACCUCGACGAUGUCUCCGUGCUGCCACUCACCACGCUGCACGGUGACCACCACGUGGCACCCACACCACCACGUGACCCCAUCCUGCAAACUCAGUCCGACGCCUCAAACAUCACGGGCUCAGCCCUCAACAGCCCCGAGCACGGCAGCGAGAGGGAGGCGGAGGAGGAGUGACUCGCAAGGAGCACGGCUCCGCGUUGAGCCCAGCAGGCGCACGAAGGCCCCUUCUAUGAGGAGGGCUUUAGCCCAGACCACGCACUUCAAGGUCCUUUGGAAAACAAGCCAUGUUCGAGUGUCGCUUUGACCCUCGGCACCCUGCUGACGAGCCCCCGGGGCUGCUGUUGAAAACUGCCGUGGAAUCAGAUCCAGCGGUGCCCUUGCUUGUGUCGAGUCUCGCGGUGAAACGGAGGCAUGGGCUUAAAGGACAGCGUGAAUGCUGCCGACAGACGGUGUUUAUAUCCGGUAAUUUAUUGCAUUGGCCUCGGUGCCAGUGACAGGUCGAUGGCUACACUUGUGUUUUAUGCACAGUUGUUAUUUUGUCGCGGGUUUUCGCCGCGCACACCACAACGUCUUCCCCAUGUCGGCGCAGGGACGCGUGUUGACCAAAAUAAAUGACCGCUCAACUCCGACCCGAUUUUCGCACGAGCGUGCGCCGUCGUGGACAGAUCUACUACGCACGAACACCCUGUAUGGAACAAGUCAAGGAAGCAGAGCAUGCAUUGAUGGUUGUGCACAUUAUUGCCAGAAAUUUAUAUUUACAGCUGGGUAAAAAAGUGUCACGUUGCUAACACGAUCGCAUACCUCUGAACCCACACGGUUUACCCCGUAUUCUUGUACAGGGAAAUUGAGUUUGCAGGUCCAUACGGCAUACAGCCGUUUCAAUACGGGCAAUUCGUGUUUCUCCCCUGUGAUGGGACUUUGUAGGAUGAACGUUGAGAUGUAUAAGGGGCACGGGGUGACCACUAAGGUCUGACUUGGUCUGUAGUAGUGAGGUCGGGCACUGACGACGAAGGGUUGACAGGUUUGUCCUAUCGCGUGCGGUGAUAGUGUCCGUGGUUUGAUAUUGCUCUCGUCACCGUCAGACAUUCCCCAUCCACAGUUAUAAGGACGUUGACAAACAGGCCGGGCAGUCUGAAGGACGUGCGACUGCCCCACACUUUGCCUGCCCGUCGUUGACCGGCGUACCGGAAGCUGUCGGGGGAAUUACGUGGAGAGGAGCCAAUUCAUAACCAACGCAUGCACUCAUCAUUAUGAUAAUGCUUAUCAUUGUGACCUCUUAAGCCUUGUUCCAAACAUGACGGUGUUCACAUUGAGUAAACACGCUGGCGUAACAGCGGUCUGAGAGGUCUGCACUUGAAUGCCUCUGCAAUUCGUGUUAGAGUAUUCAAUGUUCUAUUCUUCAAGUCGGCACACAGAGUGUUCGCGAAGGGCAAAUUAUGUUUCGCGGCUGUACAUUACUUGCAAAAUUAUGCAGGAAUAAGACUCAAUACAUAUCUUGUACAAAGUGUAAAGUUCUCGUGAAUUGUUUUCAGUAAAACAAAUUAAAUAAAGGAAUGAGAAAAUGUCUUAUUUUCAACAAUAAA